AUGGUAAAAUGUCCUUAUCAGCGCUGUUGUCUUGUUAAAUACAAGCUUAGGGUUGAGAUUAAGGGUGAUUUAAUCUGUCAUGGUUUGCUACCUGCGUAUACAAAUUGGUAUCUCCAUGGCGAAGAAAUAGAUUUGCAAGAGCAAACAGUGAGAUUAGAACCUGAAUCUGAUGGUGGUCAAGCUGAAAACCCGAUUAUGAAUCUGCUUGAAGAUGUUUUCCCAGAUAUGAAUAAUAACUUUAAUGAAUCUGCAAGUGUUCCUGUGGAGGAUCAUUCAAAGCAAAAGGAGGCAUUUGAUGAUUUGUUAUCAGACUGUAAUGAAGCUUUAUAUGAGGGGUGCCACACAUUCAGCAAGUUAUCAUUGAUGAUUAAGUUGUAUCACAUCAAGUGUAUGUCUAGGAUAAGUGACAAAGGAAUGUCACUGCUAAUUGAUCUCUUGAAGGAAGCUUUUGAGCAUGCAAAGCUGCCAGGUUCAUUUAAUGAUAUGAAGAAAAUAAUACAUAAGUUAGGAUUUAACUAUGAGACUAUUCAUGUGUGUCCCAAUGACUGCAUGUUGUAUUGGGGAGAUGAUGCAUCUAGAAACACAUGCAAAAUCUGUGAAAAAUCAAGGUGGAAGACAUCUACAACAGUUAAUGAUACAGAGGAUAAAAAGAAGAAGAAAAAGAAACAACAAGCAGCUAAAGUCCUUAGGUAUUUUCCUUUGAAACCACGCUUGCAGCGUUUAUUUAUGUCAUCUAAAACUGCUGAGUAUAUGAGGUGGCAUGCUGAAUCUGAGAACAGAGAUGGUGGACUAAGACAUCCUAGAGAUGGAAAGGCUUGGAAAGCAUUUAAUAAAAAAUUUCCAGAGUUUGCAUCAGAUCCAAGGAAUGUCAGACUAGGAUUAGCAACUGAUGGGUUUAAUCCAUUUGGUUCAAUGAGUACAAGCUAUAGUGUAUGGCCUGUGCUUUUAUUUCCUUACAAUUUUCCUCCUUGGAUGUCCAUGAAGGAUACAUCAAUGAUUCUUUCAAUGCUAAUCCCGGGAAAACACAUGCCAGGUAAUGAUAUUGAUAUCUAUCUUCAACCUCUUAUACAAGAACUAAGAGAGUUAUGGUAUGAUGGUGUUUCAACGUAUGAUGCUUCUUUAAAAGAGUCAUUUUGUAUGCGUGCGAGUUUCGCUUACGCCAUGGGAAGAAAAACUGCUACAUGGGACAUCGUCGGUUUCUGCCUCAAAACCAUAUUUUUCGGAAAGAUAAGCAGCAUUUUGAUGGCUCUACUGAAAUAA